AGCUUGGCAACCCCGGACCCUGAGAUCGCGGUGGCGCUUGCCUCGGCGGCGCGUGUUGGCCGCGUUCCACUUUGUUCUUUGUCUUCUGAGAUAUCAAUCGACAAUGUGAAUUUGGAGAGCUCCUCGUCAAUCAUAGUCUGAGUUCGAGCGUACAAUGCGAUUACAACACCAGUGAGAUGCGGCAUGAAUUCUCGCCUCGAAUCGAAGUCUGCGCAGACGCGCAAGCGCAUUGAAAACCACACCUUCGAGGAUGAAGCUGGCGAUGAAUAUGAUGCUUCCAAGUUUGGUGGCCACAGAGAAUACAUGCGCCGGAAGAGAAUCAAAUUACAGAACUUGGACUCUGAGAUACGCGCCAAAUCUGACAACCCUCCAAUUUUCAAAGGCAUCGUGGUUUAUGUUAAUGGCUACACCCAACCUUCCUUGAAUGAUCUGCAUACCAUGAUCGUUGCCCAUGGUGGUGGAUUUGCACAAUAUCUGGAUGGCAAGACCUUUGUAACUCAUAUCGUUGCUAGCAGUCUUACUCCCAAGAAGGUCGUUGAGUUUAAGCGAUACAGGAUUGUGAAGCCUAGCUGGAUUGUCGACAGUAUUGCGGCUGCGAAAUGUCUGCCAUGGGACAAAUAUCGCGUGGUUGACGAAGGUGUUGGCCAGAAAGUGCUGGCUUUCAACAACGGUCAGAUCGCAAGCCAGGUAAAUCGACCCGCCAGAGGCUACAAGGAUCAAAGUGACAAUAGCUGGUACAAUACUCAGCUGAAAGGUUUCCAAGUCGAUGGUCUUGUAUCCUCACCCAAGCCAUCUUUUCUUCGAGGCUUACCAGCAUCCUCCAAACCUCCGACGCUCACUCCCGAGUACGAUGACAUUCACGAUUCGGACUUCGAGGCGUUGGAGGACGACGAUGAUACUGCCAUGGAUAUUCAGGAACCUCCUAUGGAACCACAUGAACCUAUCGACGAUAUCCCGCAGACACCACCACACACCUCUCCCGCAGAAGAGACCGUUGUUGAGCCAGACUCUGUACCGCCUCAUUCAACAUCACCGUACGGGCAAGAAGCUUCUGAUCCACGAAGCGCAAAGGAGUCACAUACCUCUGGAAAAACCACACCACAAAAGGUCACCGAGAUGACUGCGGAAGAACACAAUGCUAUGCUCCUUGCCGACCCACGUCUUCGUAAGUCGACAGUUGUCAACCCAGAGUUCCUCCAGCAGUACUAUCGAGAGUCCCGACUACACCACCUGUCAACCUGGAAAGCAGAUCUGAAGUCGCAACUUCAGGCUCUCACUGCCGAGAAGUCCGCCUCGCAGAAAGCUCGUCAAAAACGUCCUACGGGCUAUCGACGAUAUAUCAUGCAUGUUGAUUUCGACAGCUUUUUCGCUGCUGUGUCAUUGAAAAAGUAUCCUCAAUACAAAGACAAACCUUGUGUUGUUGCUCAUGGCUCUGGUUCAGGCGGUGGCAAUGGGUCCGAGAUCGCCUCAUGCAAUUAUCCUGCGAGAGAUUUCGGUGUGAAGAAUGGAAUGUGGAUGAAAAGAGCUCAAGAACUGUGCCCUGAUCUGAAGGUACUUCCUUACGACUUCCCAGCUUACGAAGAGUCAAGUCGACAAUUUUACGCUGCUAUCCUGGAAACAGGUGGUGUAGUGCAAAGCGUCAGUGUUGAUGAAGCUCUCAUUGACAUCAGCGCUCAGUGCAUAGCCGUCGGCGGCACUGAUGGUGUUCAACGAUAUGAGGGAAGCAACUAUCGUGAGCAGUCAGAGGCCGACCGCAUUGGCCGAGAUCUCCGGAAUGAAGUACUAAAACGUACUGGCUGCAACGUCUCAGUUGGUAUAGGAGCAAACAUCCUACUUGCCAAGAUUGCUCUGCGCAAAGCAAAACCCGCGGGGCAAUUCCAGCUCAAGCCAGAGGAUGUCCUUGAUUUUAUCGGCACUCUCGAAGUUCAAAGCUUACCAGGUGUCGCCUAUAGCAUCGGAGGCAAGCUGGAAGAGAUUGGUGUCAAGUAUGUUAAAGACAUUCGCGAACUUUCGAAAGAGAAAUUGGUCAACACCCUUGGACCGAAGACCGGUGAGAAGAUCUGGGAGUACAGUCGUGGCAUUGACAAGGCCGAGGUUGGCGAUCAAGUCGUCCGCAAGUCAGUGUCUGCCGACGUGAAUUGGGGUGUACGCUUCGAGAACCAAGAGCAGGUUGACGAAUUCAUGACGAGCUUAUGUGGAGAGCUACAGAAGCGGCUGAUCAAGGAGAACGUCAAGGGCAAACAACUGACUGUCAAGGUCAUGCGGCGCUCUCCUGAUGCCCCUCUUGAUCCACCGAAACAUCUUGGACAUGGCAAAUGCGAUACGUACAACAAGAGCAUACAACUAGGAGUUGCGACCAACGACAACACACUGAUGACCAAAGAAGUUCUUGUAGUUAUGCGCAGCUUUGGCUUUAGUCCGGGAGAGCUUCGUGGAAUAGGAAUCCAGAUGACUAAACUGGAACCGCUGAAGGCUGGAACUGAUGGCCGUGCCGAUAGUAGUCAACCUCGUCUUCAGUUCAAGCCGGCUCAAAUCAUUGCUCAAAACACACGACCGAAGCUGUUGGCUGAGACGGAAGCCGCCGAAGAUCCAAUCACCGACGACAUCAAGACGCCAAAGAAGAAUCGGGUUCGCGAUAUUGGUGACUCAAGCUAUCUAGACAGCAUUCUCAACAACCCAUCCCCUAGCAAACGGCCCUUGAAUCUACUUGGAACACAAUUCGCCCUACCUACUCAAGUCGACCCAAAAGUACUUGCAGAACUGCCAGAAGAGAUUCGAGCAAGACUCAUCAAACAAUCACGGCCAGCCCAAGUAUCCGAAAAUGCCAACGGACGCAAAAGUCCGACUCCUGCGGUCAAGAAGACGUCUCGAGCAGCUUCAGCAGCGAUACGUCUGCCAAACCAAUCACAACUCGAUCCCGAGAUCCUGAACUCCCUCCCCGAAGACGUCAGGCGAGACGUGAUGGCCAUGUACCAAACAAAUACAACCUCCCCACGUAAAGGCCAAGACCAAACCAUCCUCCCCCAGUCUCCACGCAAGAACCGCAUCAUCCCUCCAGUCAAGAAACUCGGUGGCAGGAAACCUCGCGGUGGUGGUUUGUUCGCCCGCGCUCGACCAAGCAACGGCAUGUCCACACUCACACAAGCCAAUUUCGUCGCUAGAGAAACUGACGCCGAAGACACUCCUGCGGAAGAAGAAGGAGAAAUCGAUGAAGAGUUUCUCGCCGCUCUUCCCCCUGAAAUACGCAAAGAAGUUCUUGACGAGAGAAGAUCUGCUCAAUUGCGACGAUCGGGAGGUCUGGAAGCAUCGAGAAGGCCUGGAGGGAAAAGACAAGAUCUUCCUGCAAACACGAUUGAGAAAUUCUUCCACCUGCCUCCGAGGCCUGAGAAACCCUCUUUCACUAGCAAUAAGCUUACAGAAUUACCGGAAUUGAGGAAAGCGGUUAGGGAGUGGGUCAAAGAGUUUUGGGACGAGGCGCCAUAUGCGGAAGAUACAGGGGCGUUGGUGAAGUAUUUGGAAGCAGUGGUUAAGCAGGAAAGAGAUGUGGAUAAAGCUGUCAAGAUAGCUAAAUGGUUGGGAUUGGUCGUUGAGCAGGAAGUCUUGGGUAAAGAUGGAGUUGCGGAGGAUGUGCAAGAGGGAUGGGGCAAGGCGUGGGAGGAAGUCAAGAGGGGAGUCCAAGGGGCUGUUCUGGCUAGAGGGUUACCUGGUGUGGAAUUCGAUUGACAUGAAAAAAACACAAUCAUAACUAGAGUUACUGUAAAGCAGCAUUGCAUAUCGUAAGAAGUGGACGU